AUGCCAAUUGCAGCAGUAGCAUAUGACAAAGGGCAGCUGAGAGAGCUGCUGCCUGUAUAUUACAACCGGUUUUUCCCCUAUGACAUGUUCUACAAGUGGCUGAGCUAUGAGAAUUUGGACAAGCAGUACUUCCCCAAUCGGGAAUUCUCCAUUUCAACAUUGGAUGGAGGAUUCUUUCGUUUCCUGUCUUACAAAGAUCAAGAAGAGUUCAUGAAGGACAUCAAAGAAAGAGUCCCAUCGCGAAUUGAAAUUGGUGCUGUUUUCAAUUGGCGGCCAAAGGAGCGGUUCAUGGUGAGCUCAAUUGUUGCACAGGAGAAGGAAUUGGUGUUUGACAUUGAUGUGUCUGAUUAUGAUGAUGUACGAAACUGCUGCAAUGAAAAAUCCAUUUGUGACAAGUGUUUUCGUCUCAUGACCCUUGCAGUGAAGAUCAUUGAUGUGGCCUUGAGAGAAGACUUUGGUUUCAAGCAUUUACUCUGGGUCUUCUCUGGUCGUCGAGGAAUCCAUUGUUGGGUUUGUGACAAGGAAGCUCGGUCUUUGAAUACUGCUGCUCGCUCUGCUGUUGCUGAAUAUCUCACAAUAGUCCGUGGGGGUGAAAACAUGCAGAAGAAAGUCCAGCUUCCUCCAAGGCUUCAUCAUCAUGUGAAGCGAUCAGUGGAGAUAAUUAGAAAAAGCUUUAAGGAAGUAUGUGUCAUUGAUCAAGAUAUUCUGGGCACAGAAAACAGAAUGAAACAAAUGCUAGAACUCAUUCCAGAAAAGGCCAUGCGAGAUGAUGUGGCUCAGGUCAUGAGUCGUCAGACUACUUCUCAGGCCAGAUGGCAAUGCUUUGAAGAGAUCUUCAAAGACUAUCAAGGCAAGAAGAAAAUGAGGCAGUUUUCUGCUCAUCUGGUGGAGGAGAUUAUGCUUCUAUAUGCAUAUCCAAGAUUGGAUGUUAAUGUCACCAAAGGAUUGAAUCACUUGCUCAAAGCACCUCUAUGCAUUCAUCCAGAUACAGGAAACAUCUGUGUACCAAUUGAUGUGGAUCACAUUGAUAAAUUUUCUCUUGAUUCAGUUCCAACUAUUGCUGAAGUCAUCACACAGUUGGAUCAGGCAAAAGGGGAAGAGAGUUCUGCACCCAAGGGUCAGAAGGAUUAUAUGUACACUUCCCUUCAGCCAGCCAUGGAAAUAUUUAAUAAGUUUAUCAAGAAUCUCCAUGCCUCUGCUAAAGGGAAAAGGAUUGCUCUGAGUGAUGAGAAAAUGACCUUUUGA